AUGGCGAAGAAGAAACUUUAUGGACUUAAUUUGAUACUGGUUCUUUCUGUUAGUUUUUUCGUGGAAAUUUCUUGCUCGGAAUGUUCAAAACGCGCCGACUGUACGGAAGGGCAGAUUUGCUGUAGGACAGACUGCCGUGCGGAAAGUGAUUGUUGGUGUUUGACAGACAAAAUGUGUCCUAAAGGAGAGAGUUGCCAACAUUCUCAUUGUGUGCCGACUCAGAACUCUAGCGCAACUGUCAAACUUUGUUCUGUCGACGGCGAUUGCCAUGAUGGACGCCGAAACUAUUCUCUGUGUUGCCGAGACAUGAGAUGUUCCACAGCAUGCUUUACAUCAACUUCAACCUUAACUUCACCUUUGGGACCAAAUCGCCGUUUACCUUGCAGAAAUUCAAGGGAAUGCUUGGACGGAGAACACUGCAGUAACGGAAACUGCGAAAGCACCUCAAACGUCAUGUUAACAAAGGCGGGAUUCCUUUCCGCUGCUAUAUUGACCGGAUCAAUUUUCCUUUUAAUACUGUGUUGUUGUUUUGUUCGAGAAAGCAGGUACGCUAGACAAAGAGCCGAUCGACAACGUCGGCGGUCGAGAAGGCGAAGUAAUCGCGGGAGGCGACGGUCCUCUCAUCAUCCGCGCUCUAGAUCUGGAACUACAGAGUUACAUUCCACAGCUAUAGAAAAUAGCGCGUUUAGUUUAGAAGACUGUCACUCUUGCGAAGCAGGGCUGGCUAUACCACCCCCUGAAUAUUCUAGUGAGCGAACUGAGAGCACGGCGAUUCAUGGUUUGGUUGAAGAAUUACCACCGUCACCACCUCCCUACAGCACCCUUUCGUUUGAUCUCCCUCCAACGUACGAAGAGGCACUUCAAACCGACGAGCCAAGAGGCUCCUUGACUGAAGUUGCAUAG